AUGAUUUUAUUGUUUUUUCAGCGUGUAUGUCGGUGGCUUCUAGCAGUCUACGAUCUACCCAGCUGGGGUCGCUGUGAGCUGGCACUGUCGCUUCUUCUGGAGCACAGCGCCCCCUAUUCCCUAGAAGAUGUGGUGCAGGCAGUGCAAGAGUCCCACGACAGGGAAUUUAUCAAGCGAGUGCUCGCUAAAGAAUGUCCCAUCUGCCUCUCGGUUUUCCCUCACAGCAAAAUGCAGUCUCUCACGUCGUGUCAGUGCUCUGUGUGCUGUGGUUGUUUUCAGCAGCACUUUACCAUCGCUGUAAGGGACAAACACAUCAGAGACAUGGUGUGUCCAGUCUGUUGGGAGCCUGACAUCAAUGACCCCGAACACCUCAACAGCUACUUCUCCACCCUGGACAUCCAGCUGCGAGAGUGUCUAGAGCCAGAAGUCUACGAGCUUUUUCACAAGAAGCUGACAGAGCAGGCUUUAAUCAAGGACCCCAAAUUUCUCUGGUGCUGUCACUGCUCAUAUGGAUUCAUCUAUGAUGGAGACCAGUUGAAGGUCACCUGUUUUCAAUGUCGAAACAGUUUCUGUGCUCACUGUAAAAAGCCUUGGGAGUCUCAGCAUGCUGGUCUGUCCUGUGAACAGUUCCAGUCCUGGAAAAGAGAGAAUGAUCCAGAAUAUCAGAGACAGGGCCUGGCUGGAUACCUCAGAGACAACGGCAUCACUUGUCCUAACUGUCGCUUUCAGUAUGCGCUGUCUAAAGGAGGCUGCAUGCAUUUCUGCUGCUCACAGUGUCGUUACCAGUUCUGCAGUGGCUGCAACAACCCUUUCCACACUACCUGUGCAGUGGACCAGUGCACGGUGUCUGGACUGCACGCCCAUCAUCCUAGAGACUGUCUCUUCUAUCUGAGAGACUGGGAACCAUCCAGGCUGCAGGCUUUGCUCCAGAAUAACGGAGUUGCCUUCAACACUGAACCUCCUCCUGGAACUCAGACAGAUCUGUGUGGAGUAAUAGAGCAAAAAGAUGAGGGCGGGCAGCAGUCAGAUGCAGCCUGUGGAGCUCAGACCCAACCUGGACAUGCUGGACUCUGCGAGAAGCAUUACCGGGAGUACUUGGUGAGCCUGAUCAAUAGCCACUCCAUUGACCCAGCACCGCUCUACAGCUCAAACGAGCUGCUGCUGGCCUGCAGGAGGUACAAGGUAGAGGACACCCACAGGGACGGGGAGGACACCUUCACCUACUACACCAGGCUUCUUGAGAAACUGAUGGAUGAAGUACCGCUCGGUGAUAAGGUGCCACGAAAGAAGUAGAGGAUGCUCAGUUCCUGUUUUAUAUCAUUUGUAACUACAUUAACCGUUCAACUUAAAACUCAGCAACAAGACAAGAUGAUCCAGAAGAUCCCUGUUUUUCAGGUGGACAAUGUAUUAGUGUUCACUUAUACCUCUGUGAUAGUGUAAAUAAAUAGUUUGACUUUGUCAGAAAACCACAUUUCAAAAUCAACGUAUGUGAGCUGGAACAUGAGACAAGCUCUGACUAAAUCAUUUAAAUCAGCUGAAUGUUCUUUUGUGUAAAACUGUUGAGCAACAACAUUUCUUUACACUUUUCUUCCGCAGAGAGACUUUCUUGAGCAAUAGUUCUUCAGGUUUUCUCAAGUUUUUUCGAAGUUUGGAUGUUGCCUGCUUUUCACUUACAGUUAUGUAACACUGACCUAUAACUCAUUCAAGCAUAAAAAAUGCUCCUAACUCAAGAGAUGAACCAGUGAUGUGUCCUCACAUAUCAAACUACGUCACAAAGAAAUCAAUUUUAAAUCAUAUUUGUAGGCACACUUGCAGCCUUCCAAAAACACAGUGUGUUUCCCCUUCUUUAGGUAUGUCUGUGAAAAAUGCCAAAGAUAUCACAUUUUGAUAGGCAUAGAAUAAUAUUUCUGUACCAACAAGGUGAUUGCUAAAGAACAGCAUCAUGGCCGAGGGAAUUACAAAAAACUGUCUACAGCAGAUAAACAACAUCUACAAAUCACGUCCUAAAAAAGGAAGAAAAAUCUGUCAAAGCUCCGACACAGGAACUGAGUGAUUUACGUGAUUUGUUUCUCUUAAGGAAGGGAAACAGAGAAAAGGCCAAACUACACAAGAACCGGACUGAAAUGAGUGGCAACAGAUCUUAAAUCAUCAGGAUCAGGGAGGUACAGUAGUGAAUAUCAACAGAGUUUAGUUCCAAAAGCCGCGUUUCAGCUUUUGGACUUUAGAAUUGCACAGACGUUGUUUUUGGCUUCCAUGUGUGUUUCAAUACGUUUCAAAAAUCCUGCACUUGCUCCCAUUUUCCUCGCAAAAUUCAAAGAAGUGAGAGUUGCUUUGAGACGUUUACACAGUACUGUACACUGAGGCUUUGCUUCUUUUUUCCUCAAAUGAACAGCCAGUAUUUCGGCUGGAUCUUUUUAUUGUGCCAACCAAAUAAAACAAAACUUUCCUCUUUUCUCAAA